AUGCAGCGGGACCGCUAUCAGGAAGAGCUCGGCGAGGAGCUUGCUGACAGGAUGGCGGAGACGGACGCCGAGCAGCGCACGCUGGAUGAACUCAAUGCGCACGUGGCGAGCGCAAUCCAGCACGCAGCAGAGGCAUGCUUGUCGACGCUGCCAGCAGCCCGACAUCGCCCCUGGAUCAGCAGCGCCACUUUGGAACUGAUCACCUCGCGGAGCGACGCCCGGAAGAACGGCGACUACACCAGGGAGAAGCAGCCCCCUGGCACGAUCAAGGCGUCUGCAAAGACAGACCGGAACAAAUGGCUCGAUGAUCUGCCCGCCCCUGGAGACUGGGCAGAGGUCCGAAAGUUAAGGGAAGCAUCCCAGGCAAAGCAGGGCCGCACGAGGGCCGCGACCGGCGCGCCCGUGGACAGCGACCAACGCGCGGGCACACUGGCGGAGUACUGCCGUACU